UUGCUGGCUGCCUCGUCAAUGAAAUAAAUUAUAGAUUAUUUAGAGUUUAAAAGUAGAAACAGUUUCUUUGUAAAUGUUAAAAUCUACCUGACCUGUACAUAUUUUGCUGUUGUGGUUAUUUGCAUUCCCAAAUAUUUCAUAUUUUUCUAUAUAUAUAUAUCUAUAUAAUGAUAGAUAGAUAGAUAGAUAGAUAGAUAGAUAGAUAGAUAGAUAGAUAGAUAGAUAGAUAGAUAGAUAGAUAGAUAGAUAGAUAGAUAGACACUCGUUUAUAAAGCGAAAUUGUAAAACCCAAGAAAAUAAUUGUUCUUUUGGGGGAAAUUUUAAUCUAAUUUAAUAUUUUAACGUUUAAUGAGUGUGACCGACAUUGUCUAAAUGUAUUAUUAUUGUGUUAUGCAUUUCUUCAUUACCUUUGGUAAACUCCUACGUGUGACUGUACCACCUUAAAAAUAUGGACGUACUGCGAACAUUCGCGGAGAUGGAACUCUCUCCCUCCAGUGGUGAAACCAUUUAGUAAAACUCAGUGUGCGCGUGUUUGUGUGUGAGCUUGUUUGUAUUCAUUAAGUUGCAUUGUUGAGGAAUGAGAGGCAUAAGAACUGGGGUUCGGGUUGUUCACGUCCAGUCGGUUCUGAAUAGGACUUCAGGCAUCACAACACUUAAACACUUGGCUAUAAGUUAUGUCUUCAGAGGGGAUAGAUGCCGACACGCUGCUGGACUCUUGCGUUCGGGAGAGUGAGGAAGAGUACAGAAACCCCACUGAAGUGAAGAUGAGUCAGAUUGUGCUGCCCUGUCAUGCCAACCACUGUGGGGAGCUGAGUGCUGGACAACUGCUGAAGUGGAUGGACUCCACAGCCUGUUUAUCUGCUGAGAGACACGCAGGCUGCUCCUGCAUCACGGCCUGUGUGGACGACAUCCACUUUGAACACACCAUUGGAGUGGGAAAAGUUGUUAACAUCAUAGCAAAGGUCAACAGAGCCUUCACGUCCAGCAUGGAGGUGGGCCUCCUGGUGACCUGUGAAGACCUUUACACUGACAGGCAGUGGAAGGUCUGCCGAGCCUUUGCUACGUUCGUUGCAAGACGAAUAGAAGCCGGAAAAGUACAGCUGAAGCAGGUGGUCCCUCGCACACAAAUGGAGCAGAUGGAGUACAGCCUGGCGGCAGAGCGGCGGAGGAUGAGGCUCAUCCACGCUGAGAUCAUUACAGACCUACUGAGCAGCAGCACAGCUCAACUGGGGGAAUGUCAGGAGUAUCAGGACGCCGUGCCGGCUGAGAGGACACGGGUGGAGAGCGUGGAGCUGGUGCUGCCGCCGCAUGCCAACCACCAAGUCAGCACCUUUGGGGGCCAGAUCAUGGCCUGGAUGGAGAACGUAGCUACGAUCGCAGCCAGUCGCUUGUGUAACGCUCACCCCACCCUGAGGACCAUAGACAUGUUUCAUUUUCGCGGCCCGUCUCACAUUGGUGACCGCCUGGUACUGAAAGCCAUUGUUAAUAACGCCUUUAAACACAGCAUGGAGGUGGGGGUGUGUGCUGAGGCCUACCAGGGGGGAGAACCUCUGCGCCACAUUAACAGCGCCUUCAUGACCUUCGAGGUGCUGGACAGUGACAGGAAGCCAUGCACGCUGCCUCGGAUACGGCCCGUACCUGUGGAUGGUAAAAGGCGGUAUCAGGAAGCCAUCGCAAGGAAGAAGAUUCGCCUCGAUAGGAAAUAUAUUAUGUCCUGCAAACAAAGUGAAGCGCCUCUGUCUGUGCCCUGGGAUCCAAGUAACCAGAUGUACCUAAGCUACAACAAUGUGUCAGCACUCAAACUAAUGGACACCAGAAACAACUGGGUGUUAACUUCUGAGAAAAAUAAGGUCCGACUCUACACACUGGAGGAAAACCAGAUGCUGUGUUUCAAGGUAGAGAUGCACGUGAAGGUUUCAGCAGAGCAGACGUUCCACCUGCUAUCGGACCUGAGGAGGAGGAAAGACUGGGACCGACAUUAUGAGGAGUGUGAGGUGAUCAGCCAGGCAGAUGAGGAUGACACCAUUUACCGUGUAGCUACUCCCUCCAUCAGCAAAGGGAGCAAAGGUCAAGACUUUAUCUUGCUGGCGUCUAGAAGGAAGCCAUGUGAUUCCAGGGACCCGUAUCUGAUCGCUCUGCGUUCUGUCACUUUGCCCACUCACCCUCCCUCUGAGGACUACAUCAGGGGAGAGGUGCUCUGCGCUGGCUUCACAAUCUGGGAAGAGUCCAGUUUUCUCACCAAGAUCACCUACUACAACCAGGCCACACCAGGCGUUCUCCCCUACAUCUCCACAGACAUCGCAGGGCUCUCCUCCAGCUUCUACAGUGCCUUCUCUGCCUGUAGUCACUUCCUGGAGGCCAACAAGGACAGUCUGGCUGCACUCCAGCCAUCUGCACUGUGACCCGCAAGGACUACAUGCACCACGAGCUGCCUAACAGGAACAGUAGCAUAAACUAGGAUCUUUGUCUUUUUCACUCAUUCUGCACUCCUAAAAGCAUAGAUGAGUGUGAGUUUCGCACCUUUUCCGUAAUUUUAAUUACGGAAAAUUGUAGAACGUUGGAUUUGUGUUGAUAAAAAGUAUUAGUUAGAAAUAAGAGUUCACAUGAAUUUCAAGCCAGUCAAGUUUAAUUACAAUCACAGCAUUAAGGAAAAGGUUGUGUUUCAAUUUAUGUAUUAAUUUAAAUAUUUAUCAAUGUGUGGUGUUUUUAAUGACAACCUAACAUAGACAACCAGCUGGUCUAAGCUAAUGAAGAGAUGUUUCCUCUCUGACACAAAUUAUUUUCUACCUCCUUCAAUAAAGUUUUAAAUUAUUUAAUUAAGCUGCA